CCUUCUCCACACCCUCUCUCUCUCUCUCUCUCUCUCGCUCUCUAUAUCUAACAGUGAAUGCAAUCAGUCAAUCACUUCAAAAAUCUCUCUACAACUCUACGUGUAUAGGUAAGUACUCAUUUCAUCGACCAAUCUUUGUUCGGUUUUGCAGUUAAAUUUUAGUUCUACUCGUUUGAGUUCGAUCUGCUCCGAUUUUCCCUGCUCAAAAUCAGCAGCAGAUCGAACUAAAUUCAGUUGAUUUUUCUCGUGAUUCGUGCUAGUUCAUUUUCAUCUCAUACGGAUCUCUUAUAUUCAGAUUCGAUUCAGUUUUUUUUUUUAAUUUCUUAUUAUUAUUUGUUCGCUGUUCGAUUCAUAAGAAAUCCGGAUGAUGAGCUGUUCUGAUAAAUCAAUAGUUUUUAGCCUUAAUUGUUGAGUUCCAGAACCAGAAUCGAAUUUAGGGUUUGGGUUUUUGGUGUGUCUUGAAGUUUUGAAUAUAGGGAUUGGGGGUUUUUGUUUGCAUGAUGUUGUUAUUGAGGUGAGGGUAUUUGGUUGUUUGUUUGAAAUCUGAUGAGACGUCGCUCGCCGACGAGCUCUCCUGUUGAUCAUAUGGAGAAGGGUACUGGAAAGAAUCAACAGUCCCGGCUUUGUUUGUUGGCGUUGUUGUCAGCUUUCUUCUGGUUCUUGUUAUUGUACUUCCAUUUCGUUGUCCUAGGAGGCAGUACAGUUAGUGAUCUAGCACAGUUGAAUUCCAUUUCUGUUAUUUCUGAGUCACUCAAUACCCCAUCGGUCAGUGCCAGCCUUAGAAAUCCCCAAUCAACACCCAUUAGUCAUCCGAACGAUGCCCAACCAACACCUGUCACUCGGCCUAGCAAUGGCCAAUCAUCUCCUAUUAGUCGCCCGAGCAAUGCUCAACCAUCUUCCAUUAGUCAUUCGAGUAGUGCCCAACGAACCCCUGUUAGUCAUCCAGCAACUACUACCCAACCAAAGUCACAGAACUUCCCAUUUAUGAGGGCAUUAAGAACCAAGGAGAACAAGAGCGAUCCGUGUGGUGGGAGGUAUAUAUACGUGCAUGACCUUCCUCCAAGGUUUAAUGAAGAUAUGCUUAAGGAGUGUAGGAGUCUCAGUCUUUGGACAAACAUGUGCAAGUUCACUACAAAUGCCGGGUUGGGCCCCCCGCUCGAGAAUGUUGAAGGAGUGUUCUCAGAUAGUGGAUGGUAUGCAACAAAUCAGUUUGCUGUCGAUGUGGUCUUUAGUAACCGAAUGAAGCAGUAUGAGUGCUUGACAAAUGAGUCUUCUCUUGCCGCUGCUUUUUUUGUACCUUUUUAUGCCGGUUUCGAUAUCGCACGGUUUCUUUGGGGGCAUAACGUAUCAAUGAGGGAUGCUGCUUCUCUUGCUUUGAUGGAUUGGCUAGAGAAGAGGCCGGAGUGGAGUAUUAUGGGAGGAAAAGAUCAUUUUCUUGUUGCAGGAAGGAUUACUUGGGAUUUUAGAAGACUGAGUGAUGUAAAUUCAGACUGGGGUAACAAACUUCUCUUCUUACCCGCUGCAAAGAAUAUGUCCACACUGGUGGUAGAAUCUAGCCCGUGGAAUGCAAAUGAUUUCGCCAUCCCAUAUCCCACUUACUUUCAUCCAGCAAAGGACGCUGAUGUGUUCACUUGGCAGGGCAGGAUGAGGAAAUUGGAGCGGAAGUGGCUUUUCUCGUUUGCUGGUGCCCCACGUCCUGGCAACCCCAAAUCAAUUCGGGGACAGAUCAUUGAUCAGUGCAAGAACUCGCAGGUCUGCAAACUGUUGGAAUGCGAUUUUGGGGAGAGCAAGUGCCAUUCUCCAAGCAGCAUAAUGAAGAUGUUUCAGAGCUCCCUUUUCUGCUUACAGCCUCAAGGUGAUUCAUACACGCGGAGAUCUGCUUUUGAUUCAAUAUUAGCAGGUUGUAUACCUGUCUUCUUCCAUCCCGGUUCUGCAUACACACAAUAUACUUGGCAUCUUCCAAAGAAUUAUUCUCAGUAUUCGGUAUUAAUUCCGGAGGACAGUAUUCGAAAGGGGAAUGUUAGCAUAGAGGAAAGGCUGAGUCAAUUUUCUCCUGAUCAGGUAAAGCAAAUGAGGGAGGAGGUUAUAAGUCUUAUCCCAAGGCUGAUAUAUGCAGAUCCUCGCUCUAAAUUGGAGACUCUUAGAGAUGCCUUUGAUGUAGCUGUGCAGGCAGUUAUUGACAAAGUUACAAGGUUAAGGAGAGACAUUAUUGAUGGUCGUACAAAUGAUGAUUUUAUUGAGGAGCUCAGUUGGAAAUAUGCUUUGUUAGAGGAAGGACAAUACAUUGGUCCUCAUGAAUGGGAUCCUUUUUUCUCAAAACCAAAAGGUGGUAAUGUGGAUUCCAAUGAUGCAUCAGCAGAAGCAGCAAAAAAUUCUUGGAAGAUUGAACAAAGAGGACACUCAUGAGUUGGCCACAUUAAUUUUGUUGACCAAAUUUCAUACACCCAGUGAAUACAAUCUGGAGCUUAAACUGGAUGCUACACCAGUAGUUAGAUUUGGAAUGCAGGUAUGAGCUCUUAUCAGGGCCCUUGUUGGGAAAUCAUUUCAGAGUUAAAUCUAGUUUGUGUCAACACAAUCUUAGUCUAAAUGCUAAGCAUACAAAUAUAUGUAUUUUCUGCUACAAGUAUAAAUAGAUGUUUGAUCUUUGUUUUGAAAAUUUUUUUUUACUUGUUUAAAAGUCUCAUUUUGAAUUUUUUGUAGUGAUUCCUUGUACUGUGUUUAAUAAUGAUAUUUUCAUCCAUCUGUAA